AUGAAAUUUGUUACCAAUAUGAGUCAGUCUCACAUGACGCUAUCGAUAAUUCUGAUCUACCAGAAAAAGGUAGCUGAAUUAUGUCGCGUAGACGCAGAACCAGGUCCACUUACUAACGUUCAUUCGUGCUCAGAUUCUGCAGGAGACAGUGACAGUGAUGUGGCUCAAGAUGAUAUAGUUGUUGAAAUUGCUAUUUUUCUUGGUUAUCCACGCCCUCUUGAAAAACAUGAAAUCCGACUUGGUAGAUUGAUGAAAGUGUUGGACCGAUUCUUGAUACUCGGAUCGAACACUUUAAAAGAUUUGAAAAAUGCUAUCGAUUGCACAUCAGAUUAUCAAGUGCUUGAAAAUGUUGUGGACCGUUCCAUAACGAAAGAAGAUCUUUGCAAGAAUCGCUACCCAUCUUCUUACUUCUUCUUUCAUGACACAUUCUACAUCGAUCUGGAGCCAGAAGGUUCUAAGGAUAUCACAGUUGAGAUCCGACAAUGGGCUACUGAGCGAAAUAUCGCCGAUAUGAAAGUAGCGGAUAUGAAUACAACUAGGAUCAUUGAUCUGACUUGUCGCUUUGGUGCACCUUACCUCUACAACCAUGUUGGAGCUUGCGAACAUCUGGUUGUUGUUACCAGAGCUGCUCUGCGAGAUACUAGUCAUCCGGUUGGCCCUUACCCGGUUCCUAUCUAUGAGCGAAAUUUCCGUCGCAUCGCUUGUGCUGGUUGUAAGGAGGAGACAGCUGAAUGGGUACUUUGGGAGCAUGAAUGCAUGCCCUGUUACACACAGUUCUUAUGCGAUGCUUGCUACAAGGACUUUAACUACGAUAAAUCUGGAAAAAGAAUCUUCAAAUACAAAGCUGCACCAUGGUAUGAUAGACGUAGUCGAAAAACAGGACCAUUGGAUCUACAAAAGAUGAAAAUCUUCAAGGGUGAACCUCCAGAUGAUACAAUUUCAUCUCCUUAGAACCUUUUUCUCAAUUUUUGUUCGUUGUCUCAGGUCUGGUGUUUAACAUUGCUCGCUUCAGUUUCUUUUGGUUGAUCUCAUCCUCCAUUUGCUAUCUAUUUGUCUGCUCAAGAUUUCUCACGCUUAUGGUCUCAGUUUACGGCUCUAAUACUGCUCUCAAUUC